AUGCCGCAAGGGUCUUCCCUUACAGGCCAUCUCCGCUGUCGAUCUGGCUCUCUGGGAUCUCCUGGCAAGAUACGUGGUGAACCAGUCUACCAGCUUCUGGGAGGCAAGACCAAGCAGAGGUUGCCAGUGUAUUGUACCACCGCACGCCCUGACCUGGCCAAGGAAAUGGGCUUUGUGGGCGCCAAGAUUGCAUGCCCAUAUGGGCCGGCAGAGGGCGACGCGGGGUUAGAGAAGAACGUGGCUUUCUUCCGGAACUGGCGGGACAAAGUCGGUCCAGAAUUUCCGCUCAUGCUCGACUGCUACAUGGCCUUGACUGCGCCGUAUGCGGCCCGCCUGGCACGUCGCUUGGAACCCUUGGGUCUGAAGUGGAUAGAGGAGUAUCUUCCCCCCGACAGUUACGCCGGCUACACACAGGUACGCGAAGCUCUGCGUGGGUGCGACGUGCUGCUGACGACGGGUGAGCACGAGUACACGCGCUACGGCUUCCGCCAGCUGCUCUCUUCCCGCUGCGUGGACAUCCUGCAACCAGACAUCACGUGGGUGAGCUUGACCGAGGCGCGGCGGGUCGUUGCCAUGGCAGCGGCAGAGGACGUCCUGGUGAUCCCGCACGGGUCCAGCGUCUAUUCAUACCAUCUGCAAUACGCCUUCACCAACUGCCCCGUGGCCGAGUUCAUCAACCUCAGUCCAAACGCCGACAAGAUCACGCCUUACUUCGGAGGUCUGUUUCCUGACGAACCAUUACCCAAGGAUGGUUUCAUCGACCUGCCAGACCGCCCAGGAUUUGGUGUGACUUUAGAAAAGUCCCGACUGAUCCGGCCGUGUCCUCGCUCAGAGGAACAGUCCAGAAAACAAGCCCUUGCCAACAUCAACUGCCCCAUUCCGAUAAAGCAUUUCUUUCCAGUAUAG